GCGUCUAGUUAGGUGUGUUCUUGGGUAUGCCAGAGGUGGCCAAGAAUCUCGUUCACUUAAAAGUGCUCAUCUCUUUCCAGAUUUGAACCCUCACUAUUUGGCUGAGGCUGCUGAAUUCGUUAUUUUGAUUGAUCAGUGGUAACUUUGGCCAUGAAUGAGCUGCAAUGGAUCCAAAGUGCCUAUACCACAAACGUGUGUUACUGAGACUUAGCCUCUUGCAAGAUGUAAUGAGUGUCAUUCCUCAUUAAUAUUCUAGUUGCAUCAUCCUUGAGCAUCAAUGAAAGACCAAGUAUGGCUUUCUUCAAGCAACAGAGGGUGGAGGACGUGUACGAGAUCGGGGAGGAGCUGGGAAGUGGCCAGUUCGCUAUAGUGAAGAAGUGUCGGGAGAAAAGCACAGGGGUGGAAUACGCUGCCAAGUUCAUCAAGAAGCGGCAGAGCCGGGCCAGCCGGCGCGGGGUGAGCCGGGACGAGAUCGAGCGCGAGGUCGCCAUCCUGCAGCAGAUCCUGCACGCCAACAUCGUGCAGCUGCACGACAUCUACGAGAACAAGACUGACGUGGUCCUCAUCCUGGAGCUGGUUUCUGGAGGAGAACUUUUUGACUUCCUGGCACAGAAGGAGUCUUUGAGUGAAGAGGAAGCAACCAGGUUUAUUAAGCAGAUUUUGGAUGGUGUGAAUUACCUUCACUCUAAGAAAAUUGCUCACUUUGAUCUAAAGCCUGAAAACAUUAUGCUUCUUGAUAAGAAUAUCCCUAUUCCACACAUCAAACUCAUUGACUUUGGCCUGGCUCACAAAAUAGAAGAUGGAGUAGAAUUUAAAAAUAUAUUUGGAACUCCAGAAUUUGUAGCUCCAGAAAUCGUAAACUAUGAACCACUUGGACUAGCUGCAGACAUGUGGAGCAUAGGAGUCAUCACCUACAUACUGCUUAGUGGUGCAUCACCUUUCCUUGGAGAAACUAAACAAGAAACACUUGCCAACAUCACAGCUGUGAAUUAUGAUUUUGAUGAAGAAUUUUUCAGCAAUACUAGUGACCUAGCAAAAGACUUCAUUCAGAAACUACUGGUGAAAGAUACCCGGAAGCGGCUUACGAUUCAGGAAGCUCUGUCUCACCCUUGGAUAACGCUGAAAGAUGAAACCAAAGUGCAGGAACACAAGAAGGUGGAGAGCACACAGCUGAAGACCAAGCGCCUGAGGGAGUACACCAUCAAGUGCCACUCCAGCAUGCCCCCCAACAACACCUACAUCAACUUUGAGCGCUUUGCCCGCGUCGUGGAGGACAUUUCCCGUGUGGAGCGGGGCUUCGGCGCCUUGGCUGCAUCCCACGACUCCCUGCAGGAGGACAUGGACGCUCUGCUCUCCAUUUAUAACGAGAAGGAAGCUUGGUAUAAAGAGGAGAGUGAGAGUGUGAGGCACGAGCUGUCCCAGCUGAAGUACGAGUUCCGUAAGGUGGAGUCCCUGAAGAGGCAUCUGCACGCCGAGAUGGCGGCCGUGGGCACCAGCCUGGCAGGCGUGCGCAGCAAAUAUGCUGAGCUGCAGGGCCAGUACGAGUCCCUCAGGCAGGAGCUUUCUGGGGAGCUCACCUGGAUACAGGACUUCAUGAGCACCCUUCAACUGGAAAAUGAGGCCUGUGCCAAUGGAAACUUUGACUCUGUUUUCAACAAAGAUAUUAAUGAAUCACUAACAGAGCUGUUAAAUAGAUCGUGCUGUGAAGAAUUCCUUGCAGGGUUGAAUCUUGAUGUGACAGAAUCCCAUCAGAAAUACUGAGAUCAGGAUAAGUGCAGGGUUUGUUGUUUGUUUCAAUGCACAUCAGUUUAAAAAGGUUCCAGUGCAUAGAUUCUACACAAAAACAUGACCUAGAAUUAAAGUAGAAGUUCUGAUGUAUUGCACAAGCUGCUGACCAAAGCCAUAAUUUCUGCCACAGCCUUUGGUAUUGCCUAUGUUUUACUCUGCAUUGGGUACUACAGUUCCUAAUGAUUACUAGGUAAUUAAUGUGGAAUAAAGAAUAAGUCAGUCUGUACUUACUAGAAACUGGAUACCUGGGAACUAAUAAAAAUCCCCUUAUGUCAUCUUUGGUUGGCUGAAGGAAACAGUUGGGUCACCCUGCUGCAGGUAGUUGUAUAAACCUUAUGAGACAAAUAUUUGCAAAGGUUAAAUCUGUCCUGUGAAAUAAAGCAAACAGCGUAGUGAUUUAACAUUUAACUAGAACUGUGGAAAUUCUCUGUGAAAUGGCUGCCAAUGAAGAAUGUUAGGAUUAGUGUUCAGGCCAGCUGUGCAAGGUGAACUCUUUUACCAUAAAAGGCAAGGUGAAUUUUAAACUAAAGGAUUAAUUGACAGCUGAGCUUCCUGUCCUGUAUCAAAGAUAUCCUAUUCAAAAGACACCAUUGGGAACUUGUAAUGAUCAAAUGACCCUGUAAUUUUGCAGUGCAAAUAUCAAUUUGUGACUAAGUGGUAACAUAGUCCUCUGUUUUAUUUUCUACUGUGAAGAAGAUUACAAAGCUACAACUAUCUUAAUCUGUGGUGUGGCACUUGAGACUAGUGUUCUUGCUAUAAGGAUUUUUUUUCUUAGGUUUUAAAAAGUAAAAGUUGAUCCAACCUUGAAUCAUGCCCUGCUGUCUUGUAUUUCAAAGAAGUCGUUUGGUUAUACUGUAUUAAUAUGCACAAAUGUACCAGUCUUGCUUUUGAACACAAUAAAUAGUUAUUUAUGCAGGAUGCAGUUGUUCCCUGAUGGUUAGUGACUGAAAAAGAGCCAAGUUUCAGUGGGCAUUUGCUGCAAGGUGAUUUUUGUGCAACUACAAGAGCCAGUGAGAUAAUAGCUCAAGUCCAGCUAGAGUGAAUCUAUACAUAUAUAAUUAUAUAUGAGAUAUCUUUCACUGCUCCUCCUCCCUCCUCCUUUUGCAGAGAAAUUAAUGACCUAAAUAAACUGAAUUGUUGUGGUUUCUAACAUGAUUAAGAACAAUGUUUUCUACUUUGAGAUAAAAAGAUAAAAGCAUGCUCUCAUCUAAUUUGUGCAGAGCACAGUGAACCCAUUACUGCCAUGUGCUCACAAAGAUGUGCAGAGGUUGAUGCAAAUUCAGAGCUGUGAAAACAGUUAUUCUCUUGGGAUAUUGUUGCUCCUGUCAUUGUGUGUGAAGGAGGAUGGAAACUGGAUGUGCUUUCUGUGGCAUUGUUCUUGGCAUAGUAUGUGAAAUUUUCAAAAGCUUCCAAGUAAUGUAGAUGCCAGGAUGUGACCCUGGCAAGCUGGCAUUGAUGGCUGGGGAAAAUUGAGCUCUCUUGUGACAAAUAGUAUUGAGAAUUUUGCGUGUGUCCAUCUUUUAUUGUUUCAGAAUGCUUCUGCAGGUUCCUUUGAGCUGGAAGACCCAUUUAAAACUGCCUUGGGGAACUGGAACACAGGAUUUUAUGAUUUUAUUGUCAGGGGGAGAGAGCUUUAAUUCCUAAAAUGUAACUUAAAGCCUAGUAAGAGUUAGA